CUCCUCUCACAUUCAACUCUCAAAUCAAUUCAUACACUAUAUUAAAACCCAAAAACCUUUCACCCUUUUCUCUAUUCUCUCACAGACUAAAAAAAUGGAGGGUCUUAUUCCUUUGGUUUACAAGACAAUAAUGCAAUACAAGGGUGAGAAAGAAGGUGCUAUAGGAUCAUGGAUUUGUGAAUCACCUUCAUAUUCAUACAUGAGACUUCCAACCGGUGAUUCGGGUCGGUUGCAAAUUCAAAGCACUUCUUCAUUAUCUUCAUCAUCUUCCAAGCCGGUUUCUUCUUCUGCUUCAAAGAUCAUUGUUUCUUCCGGUGUUCAAUCUCCACAUCAUUGUCUAACACAUCGUCGAAUUGCAGCAUAGACUGAACAAUAAGUGUUUGUCUUGUAUCACGGUGAGUUUGACAAAAUCAUGAUGCAACUCGUGUGAUUUUAUCCAACAUACCGUGAUAUCAAAAAUACAAUAUGAAUCAAAAUCGGUCAUAUUGCUAUAUUAGAUGGACUUAAUUCAAGUUUUCUAUAGAUAGUUGGUGCUUUCAAAAUGGGAAGCUUUUGGUUUUUAAUUUUGAACUUUAAUGAAGUUGUGAGCGUGUGGGAAAGUAAAAGUUCAUCAUGCUCUUGGUUAGUACUUGUAAAUUAAUUGUAAUUAAUUACGUGUUAAGAACUUGUUGGUGCUUAUAAGUCAAAAAAAAAAAAAAAAACUUGUUGGUGCUUUAUGGCCAAAAGGGUCACUUGAAGUAUGUGUUUUUAGGUAAAUUGAUAAGCAAAAUGUAUGUCCUCUUUUUUGGCCUAAGGGGUUUGUUGAAUAAACCAGUUAGUCUGCAACUGAUAAUCUUUUCUUA